UUCUUCUCCGAUUUUAAAAUUAAAACCCCCUCACGAAAUUUAUAUAAUUACUAAUUUCAGAAUAUUACUUCUUCUUCUUCUUCUUCUUCUUCAUCGCAUCUCUCUCACUCCACGUUUCUUCCGUGAAUAGAUAGAUAGCCGCCGGGUUAAGUGUUUUCUGUAUGGAUGGAUUUAAGGGUAAGAGAACAUCUAGACCGAUUAUGUCCGGGAAAGCAAGUGGUCUUGUUCUUCAUGAGAAUAUGAAUAUGAAGAAGAAAGAUGGUGAUAAGAGUGUUGUCCCUAUCUGCAGCCGGAUUGGUUGCAGUUCCAGGAUUAGUUCAACUAAGGGAGCUUUGAUUGAUCACAAAGCAAAGUCUAUUGUGUCUUCGUUUCGAUCUCCUUUAAAUGGAAAGGAAACCGUUGGGAGUUCAUCACGAAGUAUGGCUGGAUUUGUCGGUACCAAGAAGGCGCUUAAAGUUACUGGUAGAAGACAACUCUCUUCUCUUUUGGACAUGGAUUCUUCAGAGAGUAGCAGUGUUAAUGAAGACUCGCCCAAGACUGAGCGUGCCCUUCCACGUGGAAAGACCAAAGAAACCGCGAUUAGUGUUCAUUCUGAAAAUAGUGUCUCUGGAGAAGUUGUGACAGAGGCAGGAAGCUCAAGUACAGGAACUGGCAGAAGCAUUUAUCAGAGACCUGAUUUGGUCACCCGAGAUGCUCGUGUGGGUAACAAUGGCCAAAUUGCGAGAGCUAGUGUGAACAGGAAUGGAUUGAGAGACUUGAGUAGUAAACCUGUUUCUGAUGUUGUUCCAUCAAAUUCCAAUCCGACAAGAAAAAGUAUCAUAUUUAGAAAGAAAGCCUCUGAUGGAGAGAGCAGCUCUUCAAGUAGAGGGAAGAAGACAGAAGGAUCAGUGAUUGGGGGAAGGAAUUCAAGUUCCCCUCAGGGUAAUGGCAUCACCAUAUCUGAAUCUAGGAGGAACAGGAAUUUACCAAGUGUUAGGGACAACAGUGUUGCUUCAAGUAGUGCUAGGAGAUCAACUGGUUAUUAUGGUAGAACAGGACGUGCUGGAGCGGUUGCAACUCUACAAGUGUCUCGGCCUGCAACACGAGCUGAUCUCAAUCCUUCUAGAUCUGCAGAAGUUUCACGUAGUCCAUUAAAUAGUUACAGUAGGCCAAUCAGUAGUGACAGCAGGUUACGUAGCCUGAUGAUGCCUGGUAGCCCCUCAGAAGCCGGCCUCUCCCGCUCUUUGAUUAACCGUGAUGAUUUCAGACGGUAUAACAUGAAUGGAGUUGCAGAGGUUUUGUUGGCGUUGGAGAGGAUUGAACAAGCCGAAGAGCUUACAUAUGAGCAAUUGGCUGUUUUAGAGACCAAUCUGUUCUUAAGUGGUAUGAGCAGCUUCCACGAUCAGCAUAGAGAUAUGAGGCUUGACAUUGAUAACAUGUCCUAUGAGGAACUAUUAGCAUUGGAGGAGAAAAUGGGUACAGUGAGCACUGCUCUAAGCGAGGAAGCGCUACUGAAAAGCCUUAAGUCAAGCAUUUACCGCCCAACUGAUGAAUCCGGUGAAAUUUGCCUGAAUAAAGAUGAUGAUGUCAAAUGCAGCAUUUGCCAGGAAGAGUAUGUUGAUGGAGAUGAAGUAGGGACUCUGCCUUGCCAACAUAAGUACCACGUGAGCUGCGCGCAGCAAUGGCUCCGGAUGAAGAAUUGGUGUCCAAUCUGUAAAACCUCAGCAGAAUCUCAACCACAGCCAUUUUCAUGAUGAUGGGAUUGCAGAGACAUCACCAAAGUGUUUUUUGUCUCUCUACUCCCACAAUCUUGCUCUCUUAUAUUUGUACAUAAAAGGUCUUUCUUUCCUCUUCUUCUUUUUUACUUACACACAAUUGGGAACAAAUAGAAAAUAAGAUCAGGUGGACAAAGUUAAAUUCCUAUUUCACCUGUAUAAAGUUUAAACAUUUUAAUUCAAAUUACGAACCAAAAUAUUUGGUUUAGUUUCAUAA